CGGAACCAACGCCGCCGCUUGGCCGUCGAAAUAAGAUCGCACUCUCUGGUUCAUUUUGAGUUUGCGUGCCUCCAAGAUGGUCGACGCCGCCACCGUCCCGAUCCUGCCCAAGGCCAAGCCGACGUCGUCGCGUACGAGACGGCUCGUGGUCGCACUGGGCCUCGCCGUCGGCUGCUUGCUUGCCGUCGCCAGCACAACCACGACGCCUAUUGCGCCGAUUGAGCUCGCGCAGACAAGUCCUAUCUUGACACCGAACCCAAUCAUUGGCGUCUUCUCGCACCCGACGACCAACCCGAGCGAGGGCGGGCCGUACGAGUACAUUGCGGCGUCGUACAUCAAGUGGAUCGAGAGCGCUGGUGGACGCGCCGUGCGCAUUCCGUUCACGGCGUCCGAGUCGGAGCUGACGCGUCUUCUCUCGAGUGUCAACGGCCUCCUCUUCCCCGGGGGCGAUCCGUCGCCCAACGCGCAAGCAAAGUUCCUCCUCGAGUCUGCGAUUGCUAUCAACCGAAACGGCACGUACUUCCCAGUGUGGGGCACGUGCCUCGGGUUCGAGUGGCUCGUGCAACUGACGGCUGGCGACAAUGGGAUCCUCGACAAGGUGGACGCGCAAAACAUUAGCUCGACCAUAUCGUACACCCCAAGCGCGGCCUCGAGCCGGCUCUUUAGCUACAGCCGCUACUACGACGCGCUCACGACCUCGCCGCUCACAGCCAACUUUCACCACUACGGCAUCACAAAAACGCACUUUGAUGCGACACCAAGUCUCACGGCCUUCUUCAAGGCGCUCGCCACGUCGCUCGAUCGCCAAGGCGUGACGUACGUGAGUGCGAUCGAAGCCAUCGAGUUUCCCUUCUACGGUCUCCAGUUCCACCCGGAGAAGAACCCGUAUGAGUUUGGCCGGCUGCCGUCCGGGGCGUUCUAUGGCGACAUUGACCACUCGUCCCCGUCGCUCCUCGCUGCCCAAGCGUUUGCGCACUUUUUCAUUGGCGAGGCCAAGAAAAACGCGCAUGCGUUCCCGUCGUUUGAGAUUGAGUUUGAGAAUAUUUUGUACAACCACCCGCCGUCCGCGUCACACUACCCCGGUUUCGAGUCGGUCUACCUCUUCAAGCCCUUUGGCUACCCGUAAAAACGCUAUUCGAUGCAAUAAUACUACGUGGAAAUUGUGUUUUUGUCCACA